AUGGUGCGUCGUCGCCGUCCGCGCCGCUCCGGCGCUCUCGGCGAGCUGCCGCCGCUCAAAAUCCUCGCACAAAUCGCCAUCAUCCAGACCACACUGUACGCCAGCCUGACGGCCCUCAUGUUCUUUACCGAGCGCGUCGCCGGCCGCGACUUUUCCUUCAACCUCGUCUUUGGCUGGAGCGCCAUCCGCGGCGACACCACCGACGGCUGGCUCACGGCCUUUGUUUGGUGGCUGGCCGCCGGCCUCGUCGGCGCCGCCUCGAUUGUCUACCUUGUCGGCCGCUCCAAGCUCGUGCUGGAUUUUGCCGCGACGCUGCACGCCGUCCACCUCUGUGUGGUGACGCUGACGCACUCGUUCCCGGCGAACCUGGCCUGGUGGGCGACGAUGGCGGUGUCGACGGGGACGGCGCUGGCGCUGGGGACGUGGGGGUGCCGGCACCGGGAGCUGCAGCCGAUUUCCUUUGGCGGAGCGGCCGGCAACGGCGGCGGCGGCGGCGGUGGCGGCAGCACAACGACCAACGGUGGUUCGAAUGGGGGCGGGCUCGGCGCUUCUGCGGCCGAGGGCGACGAGGAGCAAGGGUUCUCACGCGGUCGCGGCCGGGGAAGAGGCCGUGACGGUGCCGGCGAGUACGAGAUGGUGCCGGUUGUGAAGACGGGCGAGAACAGCCGGCAAGAUUAA